AUUAACUUCACUCUACCACGGGCCGAGCCGUCGUUGGGCAACCCGGCAACAUCCCGCCAUCCCGGCACCCAUCGACGUGCAGCAAAUCGUGCGUCGCGUUCUCCCACCUUCACCCAACCUCACAAUGUCGCGCCUCUCGAUCUUUGGCGGGGACGCUUCGCCUUUGCCCUCACCCGAGCCCGCACAACGGCGCUCUCCCACGCCCACCUCCCCAACAAAUUCCGACUACCGCACGGCCUCCGAGCCGCCAUCUCUCUCCGGCGACGACGACGACGACGACGAGGGGCUCCCACGCCAAUUUCAAACGCCGGACGAGAGCGUGUACAACGAUGUCGAUUCCGACGAAGGCAACACGCGGCGCCGCUGGGGCGACCGGGAGGAGACGCAGUCCACGGUCACGCCGCUAUGGCGCAUAAUCGAGAGCGUGGAGUGGGACGCGCAUUUGCAGCUCGGCACACACCUGCUCAAUGCACAUGUUUUGAAGAAGAAAUUACCGCACGGAGCUAUUAACGAGCACGGUGGUGAGAAAAAUGAGGUGCCGGAAAAUUUGCGGCAGUUCAUUAGGAGCCAGUGGACUGCGUGGCCGCUAGGGAAGGAGGACGUGCCGAGGGAGCGAGAUCAUGUCCCAGGAAAUACGCAUGCGCUGGGGAGGAAGAGGGGUGAUGAUGCGCACCGUACCACCACCGGUGCGGCAAAGGGGAAGAGGGGGGGACACAAGGCGCCGAGUGCCAUGUUGGAGGAGAUGUUGACUGCUCUGGUGAUGCGCAAGGCGAAGGAGCGGGUCAGAAUGGAGAAGAAAGAGGGGUUGGAGCUCGCGGUGGAUGAUGACGAGAUUGGGACACUGGUCCGCCCUGUGAUUAGGGAUGUCAUCUCGCGCCUUGAUACAUUGCUUGUGGGGCUACAUCAGGAACGGGAACACUACGUGAAGGACCUUAUCCCCAGCAGCGAUGCGAAGUAUAAGUGGCAAAAAGUACAGGCCGAGGCGCGAGAAGGCGGCGUGGAUCCGGAUGCCAUCGACGACGGUGACUCCUCAUCCGCUGGCCAACCGCAGUCGGGAAAGAAGCGUAAACGUGGCAAAGCAACACCAGAAGAUUAUGCCCGCUACCUCCGGAACCGACGGUACCGUGUUAAGCUGCGUGACUGGAGCCAGGUUAUGGGAAUGGCGGCGAUCAAGGGGUGGGAGCAGGCGCCACUCCAGGAAACGGCGAAGAAGUGUGCGAAGAUGUUUGGGCAGGAUAUGAAGUUUAGGACCCUGGGGACGAAUUCGAAGGGGACUGUGUGGACGGCGAGCCAGGGACUGCCGAAAAAAGAUAAUGAGAUCACAGAGGGUUAUCUAGAAGAGGUAAAGGUAUAUUUGGGCGGGAGGGAUAGGGAAUACGUUCAAAGGAAACGGGAACGAGAGCUUUUGAGGAAAAAGGGGAAUGGGUCUGGCGGAAAGGGGAGCCGGGAGGAGGGUGAGGAGGAAAGCUCUGGUAGAGAUGAUGACGAGGAUGAGAGGGAGAGUGAAGGAGAGAGUGAAGAAGACGAAGAAGAAGACGAAGAAGAAGACGAAGACGAUGAAGAUGAGGACAACGAUGAGGAUGGAGAGGAGACGAGGGAGACGAAGAAGCAACGAGACAAAUAG